AUGUUACCCUCAAUCAAGCGCUCUCUUGCUGUUGCAGCUCUCGGUGCUUUUCUAGACGCCGAGGCAGCUCACAUCUCCUCCAGGGCAAAACCAAUUGCGAUUCCAAAGUCUGCACCCAACGAUGCUGGUAUUCCCUUGGACUCUUUCGUGUCGUAUUCAUUUGAGUUCUCGUCAUGGCCCGACUUUGCUGGCAAUCUGUCGCAUCCCAAUGCCUUCUCAUACAACCUCAUGAGCAACCUUGGCAAGCUGCAAGGCUCGAUGCCGAUUGCUCGCGUCGGCGGCAACACACAGGAUAUCGCCAUCUUCGAUGAAUCGCUCGAGACCAGCAUCGUCGGCAUCAUUCGCCCAAACAUCUCCGCCGACUACCCAACGAUCAUCACGAUUGGCCCGUCCUACUUCGAGUCCUACAAAACCAUGCCUGAGGGCACGCGAUUCGUUCACGGCUUCAACAUGGGCGCCAACUCCAGCGCCGCAAGAACCGCAACGUGGGCAUCUGUUUCCCACGCCUGCAAAGCGAUAGGAAGCGACCUGCUGUUUUGGGAGUACGGCAACGAGCCCGAUCUCUUCACUGCUUCUGGAUACCGAAACGACAGCUGGGCCGAAGCGGACUAUGUAUCUGAGUGGCUGAAUGGCACGACUGCCAUUGAAGAGGCCACCAAAGCAGCAUGCCCAGAUCUCGCUGGCACCAAGUUCAUGGCACCGAGCUUUGCGGGUAUCGGAGUCAAUGACUACUUCAGGUUGGACCCCGUCGAAGUCUUCAAGCAGGGAUUGGACGAGAAGCAGAACAUCGGCCUGAUCGCUUCGCACAACUACAUGGGUGUCUCUACGAAUCCUGGCAUCACAUUGCAAGGCACGUUGAUGAACCACAGCAGUGUACUCGCCAAGGCAGACGAACAGAUCGGUGUGAAAGAUGGCAUCAAGGCACUGGGAGACGCGCUGGCUCCAAAUGUCCCCUUCGUCAUGGGUGAACACAACUCGCUAGCCCGACAGGGACGACCUGGUCUUAGCAACAGCUUCGGCGCUGCGUUGUGGGGUGUAGACUGGAACACCUAUCUCGCGUCCCAGAACCUUACACGCUCUCACAUGCACCAAGGAACAAACUACCGCUACCAAUCCUGGCAACCGAUCCAAACGAACAUCACAGCUCGAGGAACAAAGCCACCAUACUACGGCAACGUCGCCGUGGCAGCCUUCAUGCACAAACCUUCAUCCUCAUCGGAACUCAAGAUCUCAGCGCUGCCCUCAUCUUCCAUCUACGCAACCCAAUACGCCGCCCACGUCGACGACACGCUCGCACGUCUCCUCCUUGUGGACCUACACACAUACAAUACAACCGCGGAUAACAACUACACCACAUCGUUCGCGCGCCCAGUAGAGAAGUACUCCUUCCAACUACCGAGCGACUGCAAGGGUGAAGCUCAGGUGCAAAGGCUGUUGGCCAAUGGAAGUGAUGCUAUCACGGGAAUCACCUGGGAUGGCUACAGCUACAACUACGAGCUCGAUGAAGGGAAGCCUGUUCGUAUGGACAAUGUGACUUGUGGAGAGCGUGUGAAGGUGGAUGGCAAGGUCAACGCAGCCGAGGCUACAGUACGUUCCGAGCGGACAAUUCCGAACUUCUUCCUACCCGACAACACCAAUAUGUCUACUCUUUUACAGCUGCCGCGGGAGCUCCGCAACCUCAUCUACGACUACUACUUCGCCGGCGAUGGCGACUACACACAUAAUUUCGAGACGAACAAGCUCAGCCGGGCAGACAAUCAGCCGAUUGAAUUGGCUUUGGUGCUGAGCUGCCGGCAGAUCGCGAACGAAACGCGCGGGCUUGCGCUGCGGAUCAAUACACUUCGGUUCACGACUUUCCACUCGGAUGCCACGCAGGAAGAUGCCAGCGUGCUCCAUGCAAGCAACAAUGCCAUUCGCUACAUCAAAGAGUCGAUACUCAACUACGCAACGCAUGACUAUCUCAGCGAAGAACAAGCCCAGACAGCAAGAGAAGCGUAUCCGCAAUUCACGCCCGUGAUUGAUCACUGGCAGUCGCCGCGUCACUCGAUAAUCCAUCGCGCCCUGUUCAGGCCUUACCUGAUAUGUGGUGAGGCACCGUCCAUUUGGCACGACUUUGUAGCCUUCACCUUGGAUCUAGUCUCUCAGCACCCUGAAUUUCUGAAGAACGCUAGAGUAUGGUCUGAGCUGCCGUUCAAGAACAGCGAAUAUCAUCUAGUUAGCGAUGUUAGUACUAAGCCCUGGGAAAUCCCAGACGGCACGGAAAUUGCGAGGCUGCGGAAUAUCUCGGGACAGCCCUUCAACACUUUCCACCUUUCUGCUCGCACAAAGCACGCUUAUUCGGCAGCCUCAAGAGCUCUUCUCUUUCUACACUCAGCGCCCGAGACUACACGCGAGAACAUUCGGAAAAUCCUGUUGAUUGAGAACCGCGAAUCGAUAUCGCUUCCUGAGAGCCAUGGCAGAGGAUUCAUUCCUUUCUGUCAGAGAUAUCCACAGCUCAAAGUCGAACGCCGCGCUAGUCUUUGGAGCAAUGUCUUCCCCACCGCUUCGCAUAUGUUAGAAGAGUAUUUAGAAAAUAAUCAAAGCUUGAUAGAUGAAGGAGCUUCGGCCCUAUACAAUUAA